ACAUACGUACACAUUUAUGCCCCUGACCCCUCUCUGUCUUGUCCUCUUUUCUCUCUCCCUCUUCCCAUCUCUGCUGCAUCUGAAAAAUCUUUCUUUUUUCAUGGAAACUCCAAUCGGCACUGGAAACUGAAACGGGUUUCAAAUUCUUUUCUCUUUUCUCUUCCAUUUGCUUCAGUUACUGUGGUGGGAGGCUCCGUUUGCCCGUCCCUUUUUCUUCUAUCAUCUUCCCAUUUUCGUCUCCUCUCUCAAAAAAUUAAUUUUUUUUUCUUCCCUCCCUCCCUCUCUCUCUAUCUCUCUCUCUCUCUCUCCCUCUCCCCCCUUUCCCGGCAAGAGCCAAGCUUUUGCGGUUGAAAACUGAGCAACCCAGGAGGAGGAAUCGACCUCUGGUGCCCAGUUGCGGGUUAGAUUCAAUUCUAGCCAUUAACAGUGCCUGAAGAAUUUUGGUAAAGAAGGGAUUGAGGCACCAUGGUGCUAUGAAGUUUGAGUGUCGCCAACUUUGCGGUUUCUCCACCUAUGUGGGAUCUGCAGAGACUCGCAAACUUUACAGGACCCGUGGGCUUGGGUGGGGUUCAUGUGCAGGGCCAAAAAAGCGAUUGAGGCUAAGAGUGCCAUCUUGAGGAGAAAUUAUGAGGUCUGCCUUCUGAGUGAGAUGCGGCAUGAAAAACUUGCAGAGAUCGGAGACCCACAUCAGCGGAUAGUUAUCAGUAAAUACUUGUAUCGUUGGCUGUAAAAUUCGGACUCUAUUUCGGGACUACACACCUGUUUUGUUGACGUGUUUGAACACGGGUAUCGAUAUGGGGAGCUAUGCGUACAUCAGUCUGAUUCAACAUGAUAUCUGGUUAAGUGGGACAACAUAUGGCAAUUGCAGAACCUUGUUUCUUUAGGACGUGUGUUUAUUGUGUUACACAAGUUCUGAAGCAUAGGUUUGUAGUAGGACUUAUCUUAUUCUAGGACAUUAUGUGGAUACCUUACGUUAAGAGAGUGAAGAAGAGGGUGAUAUGCUAAACCAUGAGAAAGAAAUCAGAGAAGCUGAAGCAGAAACACCAGAUAUGGAUUUAACCCAGCAGGAACUUGUGGUCCAAAGACAUUGAGAAUUAAACGUGUCAAAUGCUGGCACAAGCAGCUGCACCUGGCGCUCAAUGCUGCCUAUGAAACACGUUCAGUGAAGAUGAUUCAUGCUUUGAGUUGGUCUCAGCAUUGUAAGAACAUGAUAAGAACUUGAUAAUGAAAGAGGGAAAGCUGAUUCUAUGAGCAGUUCCACAAUUAGAAGGUUAGGUGCUGCAUGUUGGAUAUUGUUGUAGUAGUUAUCUCAGGUGAGCAAUGCUGAUUAGAAGCUUCCUUCCUAUGCCAAUUGAAGGAUUCCUACAUAAUAUACCCGAUCCCGGAGUUUUUCAUAUGUGUCCAAAAUGCGAUGAAGAUCCUCCUGGUGGAUGCAGCAAGGCUGUUUCAGUCAUGGAGGAGAAGAGAAAGCCUAAUGGUUCGUGCUCGCUCAGUAAUUUGAAAAGCACAGACGAGUCAUCUCUCAGCACAGUCUCUGAAACUGGUUUUCCUAAUUUUGUGUACAAGAGGAAGAACCGGCGUGGUGGGCCUGAGAAUGUUGCCCUUGAUAAGGCACCGGUGGACGUGAGAAGAAUUGGUGAUUGUUAUUCCACCAUUUCUUUUAAUGCUUCUCUUGGAGAAAAGGAAGCUGGUGGGGCACCUAUUUUGACUUCUCUAGAUUUGGAUGCAAAACCCACAAGUGGUUGGGCUGGCACACAAGAACAUGGGCCCGAUGAAAAGCCAAUUCGAGCCUACAAGAUCAUCGACGUGGACAGCUUAAAUGACAGCUGCUCAUCGAGAUCCAAUGCGGAUCCUGUCUCGGUUCCAUUGAAGGCCGCGACUGAAGAGACCGGUGAAUGCUCCUCUUCUAGUGUGAUUGCUAUAGAGGCUCAAGAAGAUAGUCCAUUGAGUGAAAGGGACAUCUGUAUAUCAAUUCUUCAGAGUGAGGGUUUGCUCGAGAGAGCGAAAUCUUCAUCCUCUAGUGCUUCCAAAGAUGGGAAUGAGAUAAGUACGACUAAGAGCUGCAGGGCCAGUUUUCCUGAUUGCAAAGCCUGUGGCCGCUCCGAGUCUGCCAGGAAGAUGCUAAUUUGUGAUUUCUGUGAUGACGCCUUUCAUCUCUCUUGCUGCGAUUCGCGAAUGAGGAAUUUUCGAGAUAAUGAUGAAUGGUUCUGUACUUCUUGCCGAUCAAAGAAGCAGAUUCUCGUGAGACAGACAGGUAACAUAAUGAGAUUGACAAAGAUAGGCGCUGAGGUGGAUACAUCAAGAAUCACACCUGCUGUGGAGGAAUCAAGUCUAAUAUCUUUUUUGUUGAGAGAUACAGGGCCCUACCAAACUAGUGUUAGGGUCGGGAAAGGUUUUCAGGCAAAUGUUCCUAAUUGGACAGGUCCAGUUGAGGGGGAUGAAGUGUUCGGGGAACCAGAAGAAGUGGGUACUUUGGUGUACAGUAAUUUUCAUGUUUGCGAUGCUAAUAAACCUCCAACACUCUGCACUAUCGGCAAUUGGCUACAAUGCAAGCAGGUCAUGGACGACAGAGGAGAAACUAUAUGUGGAAAGUGGCGCAGGGCACCGCUCUGUGAAGUUCAAACUGAUGACUGGGAAUGCUUCUGUGCUGUUUUCUGGGAUCCAAGUCAUGCUGAUUGUGCAGUACCUCAGGAGUUGGACACAGAGCAAAUUCUGAAGCAACUAAAGUACGUAGAAAUGCUAAGGCCCCGACUUGCCUCUAAACGGCGAAAAUUUGUUCGGCCCCAAUCCGGUGGUUCACAACAUUAAUAGGAAGAACUUCAGCAGACACAUAGAGGGGAAAAAGAGGAAAAGAAAAUAUUAUACAGAUGCAAAAAGAGGGUCUCUGACCCUACUAAAGUAUAUCAAUACAAUUGCAGGGUUGUCAUCCCAAUACAUCACAUUUAGUCGGGCUUUUGUUUUUGAUCGUCCUGUGAGUUACAAACCCUGCUUGUCCAUAGUCUGUACCUUAUCGGGCCGGUGGGUCAUUUUGCCUUAGCUACACAGAUAUCAAGCCACCAAUACUGACUUACUGAUAUUCGAUUGUAAUGGCAGUUUUGAGUGUAAAUAUUCGAGCUUUUUUCUCAUGUCAAUUUUAUACAUAUCGCAGUUGGAGACA